AUGGUUGAACUGGAUUCAUGUGGACAAAUGUGGAAAAGGAGCAUCGACCUGUACCGAGGCUGCAGCGGCGGUUGCAUGUGCAGCCAGAAGGAGUUCGUGCCCGUGUGCGUGCGCGACGGCCCCAUCCGGCUCACGUACUUCUCUCCGUGCCACGCCGGCUGCCCCGAGCUCGAGGGCACGGGGCCGGGCAGCGACUUCUUCAACUGCACGUGCGGCAGCCCGGCAGCCAGCGUGACCCUGGGCUACUGUCGGGAAACGUGUUCGGGUUUCCUCCUGUACAACGUCGUCAUGAUCAUCAUUAAGACCUUCCUGUCGGUGGGGACCAUCGGCGGGAUACUCAUCAACAUGAGGUGCGUCGCCGAAGAGGACAAGCCGCUCGCCCUGGGCCUGAAGGCGACGAUGCUGGCUCUGGCCGUCAUGCUGAACCCUCUGGUCUUCGGGUCUCUGGUCGACUCCGCCUGCCUGGUCUGGGAAGAGGUCUGCGGCGAUAGAGGCUCGUGCUGGGUCUACAGCAGCGAUGAUUUCAGGUACAAGCUCCACGGAAUGGCGUGCGCCAUGUUCGCUGUGAGCGUGGUGUUCAUGUCGCAGGCCGCCCGCCACGUAGGAGACCUCAAGCUGGUGGAGGACGCGAUUCCUCCGUCGGGAGAUGCGUCCAGCGCCCUCUCCAGUGGGCCUCCUUCGCUCUUCUCCGAAUUCGCCGACGGGAAGGAGCCCGCUGAAGGAGGAAAGAAAGAGGGAGGACAAGGAAUAAGCGACAAAGACGGAAGGAGUUUCGGGAAGUUCUCGAGGGGCGUGGCGACGAGGCUCUCCGGAAAGAGGAGGAGGGAGGAGGCGGAGGAGAACGGGUCGACGCGUCCGCAGCCUCCUGUGUGGAGAGUCGACGAGGGAAGGAGGGAAAGAGCAGGGGUUGGAGGAGGAUCCGGAGGAGCAGAGGAAGAAGGGGUAGGAGGAAGGAGUGCAGGAACAGGAGGAAGAAGAGAAGGAGAGAGGGAAGAAGGAAGAGGAGGAGGGAGACACGGAAGGGACAGCUAUCGGCAAGUUACUCCUUACGCUUACCCAGGAGAAAGGAGAAGGGCAGAGGAGGUUCCCCAAGUACCAAGAAACGAAGUACCAAUGGACUUCUCGAGGUCGAGGCAGCACCCUCACAUCCUGCCCUCCAACGUCAUCAAAACGACCGGCGUGUGAUGGGAUAUUGAUGCAACAUGUGAAAUCGUUCAUCAGGAAACGCUGAGUAUAUAAUGAGCUAAUAAAUAUAACACAGAAGUGGUGUCAAAAGGCGUCUAGAUAGGCCAACUCCAACUCUUUGUUGAUAAUGUUUUGUGCAUGCAGUUGUAAAUAAGAACACAAAGCAAACAAACAAAAAAAUGAAAUCUGUUGAAUAAGAACAGAAGCUUUAACUUGAACUGGGGGAAUUUCAAAGUUCCGGGUAAUUUCCAGUUUGAUGAAAAAAAGAAAGGAAAAAAGACGAAGUGAUAUGAAGAUCAUGUGGGUUAUGUAAGUGUAAAGAGGUUCUUAUAGAUUUUGAUGGUAGCAAACCAUGAAGAGCAUCUCUUAUGCCCAGUUCACACUAUGUAGCUACCUAGUAUACUAUUUUGUAAGGGAAAAUUAUAGUAAUUUUAUGUGUACUUGUGAAAUAAUCUUGUAUAUUACGUCGGAAGACAUCUUUAUAUCUAUCUUUAGUCUACAUAUCUAUACUCAUUUUGUUAUAAUUACUAUAGAGAUUUAUUGAAGAAUGUAUUCCUCAUUGCAAAGAGAAAAACAAUGAGAUGGGGUAUGAACAGAUGUUAUUGUGAUAAAAGUAGAAAAAUUAUGAAUGGAAAUGUGUUGAAUCUAGCAGAAAAAUAUAUAUUAUUACCGUAUGUUGCAUAUAGCUAUUAGGGAAGUUAUUCAUUUUCAUUCAUAUAUUUUCUGCUGGAGUUUAUAUGUGUAUGUUUAUAUAAGUUUAAGAAACCCAAAUACUAAUACAGUAGUUUCGUCCGCAGAAACAACAACAAAUUUUCUAUGUCUAUUAUUAAUGGCAACAGUAUUUUACUUCAUGUAGACAUGCAUCAUCGUCAAUAAAGUUAGCGUAUGUUUGUUAGUAUAAAAUUAGUCCA